AUGCCACCAUUCAUCAAGAACACAGCGUCCAAAUUCAAAUUCGGUGCCCAUGUGUCAGCAGCAGGCGGGAUUUCAAACAGCGUGCUCAACGCACACAAGAUCGGUGCAGGUGCGUUCUCCAUGUUUCUAAAGAGCCCAAGGAAAUGGGACUCGCCACCGAUCCCCGCUGAAGAAGUAACCAAGUUCAAACAGAACUGUACGGAACUAGGGUACGACCCUGCCAAGGAUGUUCUCCCCCAUGGCCACUACUUCAUCAACAUGGCGAACCCGGACCGCACGAAGGCGGAUAAAGCGUUUGGCCAGCUUCUUGACGAGUUGCACCGGUGUGAGCAGUUGGGGAUCGGUAGGUACAACUUGCACCCUGGGUCCGCGUUGAAAGGCGGAGACCACGCGGCGCAAGUGAAGCAGCUUGCCAAGUACUUGAACGAUGCGAUCGCGGAGACCCACGACGUGCGGAUCGUGCUGGAGAACAUGGCAGGGAAGGACAACUUGAUAGGGAACGACCUGCGCGACCUAAAGUCACUGAUCGACCUUGUGGAUGAGAAGGAUAGGGUUGGUGUGUGCGUUGACACGUGCCACGCGUUCGCGGCAGGGUACGAUAUCUCGACAAAAGACACCUUUGACAAGUUCUGGCAAGAGUUCGACGAGAUUGUAGGGCUACAGUACCUCUGCGCGAUGCACCUCAACGACUCGAAGGCACCCCUGGGGGCUAACCAGGAUUUGCACGAGCGGCUGGGACAGGGGUACCUCGCGCUGGAACCCUUCAGGUUGAUCGCCCAUGCAGACUACUUGCAAGACAUCCCGUUGAUCCUCGAGACACCGUAUGAUAACGACGAAGGGUACGGCCACGAGAUAGAAAUGUUGCACUGGCUCGAGACGGUCGAUGACCCAGAGGACGUGAAAUUGUCCCAAAGGAACGAAGAGUUGCAAAGUCUUGGCGAAAAAUCCCGUAAGGAACAUCUCGCCAAGUUGGCCAAGAAACAGACGAAGGCGGCGACCACCUCCAAACGUAAGCGCGACGGGUCCGAUAUAAUGGACCAAAUGUCCAGAGGUAAAAAACCCAGACCCAGACCCGUGAAGGGGGAAUAA